GUCUAAAUAUUUUUGUUUGUGUUUGACUUGAGAGUCUAAUAAUAGUAAUAGAAAUAAUUCUCAAAGGUGGCUUCUUUCGAAUACUAGUAAAAUAUUUCACUUAUAUUAAGAGUAGGUAUAUUAAACAUUUAUUAGACCCAUUCAAUAUUGGAAAACUUACGCCGCAAGCGGCCUUUCACUUUGUUAUGUUCACUCUGCUGAUUGACUCGUACUAGUCAUCAUACAGUGACAUACAUGAUGAUACACUCUCACUCUGUAACUUGUAACUCUGUAGCGAGUACUCCCUGAAAAUCCUCCCAGUGUAUGAGUAUAUCAGUAUAAUAAUUAAAUUCAAGACUCAAGUUGUACUAGUACUGGCAAUAAUUAUAGACUUAUUUUUCCUUUUUUGGGUAGCCUAUUAUAGCUAAAUUCUCAUUCCUAAUCCUACUAAUCAUCUAAGAUAAACGUGUAAGUGUAGUCUGUAGUUGAGGAGCGUAUAUUAUUUCUGGUCACUGGUCACAUUUCUUAUUUUCACACGUCAGUGAAUUUUUUAAAGAAGUAUUUUUUAAAAAGUAAAAUGCCAUCUUUUUGUUGGAAUACACAGCAUUUCAACAAAUUUUAUAAGAUAAAAAAAAGUACAUUUUUAUGGAUCUUUCGUCUUUUACGGAGCCAUUGUAGUAAUUCAAGGAUAACUAUUCUGUCUUCAAAGAUAUAUAUCCCUUAUAAAAGUUGCCCAAUUUGAUGCAUCUUGAUUAAAAUAAAUGUUGUAUUUAUUUUAUAACUUUACUAGCAAAGAUAACCGGAGUUGCCCUGGAUAGCAUACAGAAAAAACAUCUGCUACAGCCAUUUAAUUCACAUUGCUAUCAAGCGAAAUGUCAACAGCAAAACAACACGCUAUAAGUAAAAAAUAUGAAAUAAUUAAUUUGUCUACUAUAAAAACACUUAAAAUAAUAACUUUUGUAAACCUUUAGUUUUUCCCAUUUUCCGAUGGCACCCUGUUUCCUGGAGGGAUCAUGAUAUAACCUUAUCCUGUAGAAUCCCUGUCAUGGUGGGAUCCCGAUCCCGGUAGAAUUCCGGUUAUGGUGUUAUCCCAAUCCCAGUGGGAUCCCGAUCAAGGUGGGAACCCGUUUCCCGAUAGGAUCCCAAUUAGGUCCAGUUAACUGAUUGGGGCAUAAUAUCAGAGGAUGGCAUUUACUAUGUAAUAAGUGCGCUUCUUCGACAAAGUUCCUUUCUCGACUAACGACAAAUCAACACCUAUGUCACUAAACAGACUAGGCAGUAUGUCAUAAUCAGCAUAAAAAUAUGUCACCAUGUAAUUGCGGGAAAAGUGUUCACUAACUAAUUAAUCUCUAUCACACACACCGCGUAAUCAAACAUAAUAUCCAGUGUGCCACAAUUAUUAGGGAACUCUCAUACUUGACAGUAGCUAGGUUACAAGCCACAUUGUAAUUUUUAUAUUCCAUCUUGUUCUUCAAAGGGGAGCGCCUUGCAAGUAAUUCCAUAGUUGUAUUAAUGUUAUUUGUUGCCUCACAAAGUGCGCAUAUAAACCAAAUGCUGCAACAUUUAUGAUUUCUGUUGGAUCAACAAUUUGAAUUAUUGUUUCUUGGUCGUCCUGCCAUUUUGAACAAAGUGAUCCCACUACCAGCAGUACCGCAUAAUGAGUCCUUCUUAUUAUAUAUAUAUAAGGAUAUGAAAGUGAAAGUAGUAACCCUAGAGUUUAGUCAGUAGUAGUAAGUAGCCUAUACUGCCUAGAAAUUAGUCAUGAUUACUAUUAAAAAUUAAAGUUAACUAAAGACUCUACCAACUGAGACUAAGCGAGGACAAUUGGCAAGCACAGAGAUAUUUUGACUGGUCUUGCUGCAUAACUGAGAGAUAUAAUAAUUUGAGAUAGAUAGUUUAAUCCAUUUUGCAAUAUGUAUUGUUAGACAGAAGAAGAGAAAAUUAUUUUAAAAGAAUAUUGAAUAUCAAAGUUAAAGAAAUCAUAAAAUAGUUUUGGCAACAAAAAGAAAUUUCCUACCACUUUACUUCACGAUGGAAGGUGACCAAAGUCAGAAUCCUAUUUAAUAGUAAAUCAAUGCCUCUUUUUUUUUGCUAUCCUUUAACUCUGUCCCAAGCAAUGCAAUAGACGAAAUAUUUUUGAGUGUAAGGAUUUUAAGUGUCUUUAGUAUCUUUAAACCAUACAAUGAAGAUCUGGGACAACAGGCCCAUAAUCCAUAACAUUAAGACAAACUGAGUAGAGGAGUGAAGAAGUAAUCUAAAACUCUAAAAAGAAUUCUAUUUUAAAAUGCAAAUUCAUGAUUUAUUUUCUACCUAUUUGUAUUUUACUACUUGUUAGAGAUGAGUUCAAAUACUUUUAGAUAACCAACAUUUACCCAGCAUUUUAUAUUUUCUCAGGCGGACAGAUUAAAAUGUGACUUGUCUUCUUAAAAGAAGUGGUACAAAGCUACAUCUAUGGCUCAUUCUCAUGAAGAAAUUGAUCAAGGAAGUUUACCAGUGCCAAUAGGCACUGUUAGCAGAUUGGUAAGGAUGCAGGCGGCAGCAAAUACAAUUCAUCCUGAUACAGAAGCCAAUGUUGUGGCACAAACGGAGGAUGUUUUCCUUAACUAUGUUUACCAGAGCUAUCAGAAUGAUGUUAUGAGAGGAAAUACAGAAGACGCACCUGCUCUACCAGAGCUAGUCAGUUUUACUACAGCAUCUAUUACGUAUGUCUAUUAAUAUAUGUUACAGAGAACCACUGAUGUUUGUUUGAUUUCAUUGAAACUAAAAUAACACCAACAUCAGGUCCAAAAAUCUAUUGGGCAAUAAAAAUAAAACAGUAUUGAUAUAUCAGAGAGGCUAAAAAUAUAAUCUGAUGCUCCCUCUUUUGCAGAGGCUUUAAAAAAAAUUGGUAUUUAAACUAACUCCUAAAUGGAGACCCAUCUGUCACAGUUACAUCAAAUGGCAUUCUUCUCUACUAUCCCAUCUAUCAUAGUUACAUCAAAUGGCAUUCUUCUCUACUACCCCAUCUAUCAUAGUUACAUCAAAUGGCAUUCUUCUCUACUACCCCAUCUAUCAUAGUUACAUCAAAUGGCAUUCUUCUCUACUAUCCCAGCUAUCAUUGUUACACCAAAUGGCAUUCUUCUCUACUAUCCCAGCUAUCAUUGUUACACCAAAUGGCAUUCAUCUCUACUAUUCCAUCUGCCCUCAGUUAAUCAAAUGGCAUUCUUCUCUACUAUCCCAUCUGCCACAGUUAAUCAAAUGGCAUUCUUCUCUACUAUCCCAUCUACCUGUCAAAUCCCAUCUACCUGUCUAAACUCUUAAAAGCUUGUCAAGUAUGGGAGUUCAUUAAUUAUUGUUGCGACUGAGUAUUAUGUUUCAUUAUGCUAACAUUUGAUAAUCAGACUCUCUAAGAUCAGACAUACACAUUCUACAAAACGCUACAGAUUGCUCAUAGUGCAUAGAAUAUUCUCUAAGAAACCCUAGAGGUCUCUUGUCACAUGAGCCAGUCAAAUUACUUAUCAAUUUGUCAGAACCCCAAUAAUUUCUCUUGCCAAAUGCUGACCUUUACUAACUAUAUUCAUAAUAUAUAUUUCUCAUCCCUUACAAUCUAUUAUCCUACCCUGUCUUAUUCUGUACUCCACACAUAUUCCAACACCCCACUACUAUUUCUCUUGUUAUCCGCCAGUCUCUUCCUAAAUAACCCCUACUCUCUCCACCAUACCCUACUACUAACUACUCUGACAAUAUUUAAAAAUGAAAUGCUAUCAUUUCUAAAUAUUAAUUUUUGUCACUUUCUGCUUACAAAAAAUAAAAUAGGAAAAAGUAUAAUAGAAUAUGUGAAAACAUUAGAGAAGAAACCAGGACAAUCAAAUGUACGUUUCUGCUGCUGAUGGUUAUUUAUGGUUCUCUUAGAGCUUUCACAUAUCCUUUUAUGCUGUUUCCUUCACUUGGCUUGACCACCGUUUCCUAUAAAUCAUUCUGAGAAAAAAAUAAAUAACUGCUUAAAAAAGGAGACUUUUGAUCAUUUAAACAUCAAAAAAAAAAAAAAUAUGAUUAACCAACUAAACAACUGCCCCUUCUCCUUAUUUGAAUGCAUCAUUUUAAAACUCGUAAUGAUCAGUAGUGAAAUAAUAGUUAUUAUUUUUAAAUGCAAUUUUUUUUAUACUCAGCUAUAUGCGGCACAUGAAAUAAUGUAAUUUAAUAUAAAAGAAACUCUAAACACCUUACUUAUAAAAUACUUAAAUUACUUUUCUUAAUAUCUUUGGAUGCAACACAUUUCUUUUGUUACAUUUUUUUAAGGUGUUAAGACCAACAGACAAGAACAUGGAAAUUAUAAUUAUGUUAUGAUUCAUUUCAGUAUUAUUAUGAUUAGUCAGAUACUUUGUGCACUGAAACUAGGUGUUCAUAAAUGAUAUAAAGCACUGAAGGGUUGGUAUAGGGGUUCCCUUAAGAUAUUGUGUUCAAGUGCAACGUGAACACAUUAAAAAUGGGUGUUAAAUGUGAGCUAACAGAGUUAUUUCUGGCUAUUUCUGAUUUAACAGAGAUUCAGAAAUUUGAUGCCCAUAGAGCUGGCGGACAUUUAUGAAUAACACCUGUUUUUCUAUUAUUUUUUUUUACCUGAUAAGUGAGAAGUAAUUUUUCUGGGUAUUUAUAUUAUAACUAUAAUCAUGAUAAAUGAUUUUGAUUAUAGACCCGCUGCUGAGAUUGGACGACAAUUGGCUCGUUUGGGUGAUGACAUCAAUGAGAAGUAUGCAGAUAUUUUUGACCAGAUGAUUUCAGACCUUAACUUAGGUGUAGAUGGUGAGACUGAGCCAUAUGAAGCUUUUGCCAAUAUUGGAAGAAGGUAGAAUGGUAUAAUAUUUGAUUUAAUAUUUUUUUCCCCAUGCAUAAUGUUCAUAAUAAAAUUAUCACACUCUAUAAAGUUGUUGUUAGCAAAAGGAUAACUAUCUUACAAAGGUUUUAUAUGUCAAAGUGUGUUAUGGGUCAUCAGAGAUUAAUAGAAAUUCCUUUAAGUAUUUUAACUACCCAGUAUUAGUUUAAUAGAUUUAUAGGAUUUUCUGUUUCAGCUAAAGCUCUUCAUAUAAAAAAAUAAUUUCAAUUUAAAAAAAGCUUAAAAAGCACCACAUUAAAAUUUAAAACAAAAAAUUUGCUUCAUAAUAUUACUGUAUUGUUUUUUUUAAAUUAGAGAUAUGUGAUUAAAUGAUGUAAAAAUAUAAAUAGUUAAAUGUAGACUUAGUAGAUUACAUUAAUUAUUUCAGUUCAUUUGCUUUAAAUUAAACCAUUGUUGAUGUUAUCUUAACUCAUUGGUUAAUUUAAUUUGUAACAAACAAUUCAGUAGGUUUUAUCCUUUAAGAUUUCUUUUGAUAAAUUAUUAAUUGCAUUUUCUUCCUCACAAAACUAGAGUGUUUUCAAGUGGAAUCAACUGGGGACGAAUUAUGAUCCUUCUAGGAUUUGGAUACAGAAUAGCAAUUACCAAGCUGAAAACCCAAAUCACAAAUUUUGCACGAUUUUUGGCAAGCAUUGUCUCUUUUAUUUGUCGCUUUGUGAUUUCUGAACGGAUAUCGAAAUGGAUAGCUGACCAUGGUGGAUGGGUGAUUACUGUUUUUUUAAUUUUUUUAAAUUGAAUGCAUUUUAAGUCUUUUUUUCCCAUUGUUGAAGAAGUCAUUGUUUUUUUUUUUUGUUGACUUGUAGAUUGUUUAUUUCAAAUAUUUUCUAUCGUUAAUUAAUUAUAUGGGAUACAUAGUUAUAGCCAGAGUUGGUUCUAAAAACGAAACACACUUUUAAGUAACUUUUAAAAUUUAUAAUUAUAAUUUGUUAUACCUCAUUAAGAAAAGAAGUCAAAGAAACAUAAAAUAGAUUGAAUAUAUUUUAAAUGAAAUUUUUUUUAAUGAAUAUCAAUAAUUUUUAAAAAAUUAUGUUUUUCAGAUAGCAUUUUGCAACCCAAUUUGGGUUGGAACUCCAUCCAUAACUUAUGACACCCAUCCUAUUUUAAAGUAUUAAAAAAAAAUAAAAUAAUAAUGCUCAGUACUUAAAAUGUUUUGUUUUCUCAUUUGCAGAGGGCAGCACUGAGUUAUAUACCAACCGUUUCAUCAUCUAUGUUCUGGCUGGUGUCCGGACUAGCAGCUUUGUCAGUCCUUGCAGUGGUCAGCAUGCACAGAUAUUUGCAUUGAUGAUGGCAAAUGCCUAGUUGUUCUUCAUGUGCCAAUAUAAUAGAAUUUUAAAAUUUUAUUUUGUUUCUCAUUUCAAGAAAUAAUGUCUUAUUUUGCCACAACAGAAAGUGGGGUCUCUGAAUUAAACCCCUAAUAUUUCUCUAGCAGGCACAUAUUAUAAAAAUUAUUAUUAUAAUGUAAAUUUUAA